AUGCUCACUUCAUCCGGAGUUAUUCUCCCUCUCUUCGCUCUCUUGAGCCAGGUCGCCCCCGGAUCCGCGGACAGCGUGCCUAUUGUCUCCUGCUCUACCAGCACGGGCGUCCAAAUUUUCCAGAAUCCCAGCUUUGAGUCUGGAUCGCUUGAUGACUGGACCUUCAGCAAUUCCUACGCGCAGUCUUACAGCGUCGUACAGGUUGGCACAUCAGACGCCCAAGGCUCAGCCGAAGAUGGAUCCUAUUACUUUCAAACGUACGGCUACAAUCACGUGUUUCGCCUUUCUCAAACGGUUUCCAAUCUUGUAGUUGGCUCUACAUACACGAUCACGUAUUGGAACCACCUACCUCAAUCCCUAGGUUCCUUGACUGGUUGCUGGGAUUCUGUUUACUUGGAUACCACCGCCAACAGCAUCGCCUCCCUUGACUACGACCCAUCCACCACAUGGACAGAACAUACCUUGACCUUUGCAGCUACAGCGACGAGUCAUACCCUGAUUUUUGCUCCAGAUUGUGGUUCCGGUCGCGAUUACCCAUGGUAUAUGGGAUGGGAUAACUUCCAGAUUGAAGGACAAACCCAGGUGUGCACUACUUCCUACUCGACUAUUCCAUCUUCGACACCUACGCCAGCCCCCAGCUCAGUCUUUUCGUCUAGAGUUGCAUCAACUACACCCUUGGUUGGAUCAACUACACCAUUAGUUAGAUCAUCUUCAUCCAGACUUAUUGCAUCCUCAGCCACACUCGCCUCGUCCGCAUCGGGAGUUGAAUCGUCUUCAAGCAGAGUCAACCCAUCGUCCAGCACUGUCAAAUCCUCGGCCAGAGUCAAACCAUCUUCAACAAGAGUCCGACACUCGUCUAAGCCAUGCAGAACUAGAACCAGAAAAUCUUCAUCCAGCGCUGUCCAGUCAUCCUCCGGAACUACGCCAUCCUCGGUCGGAGUUAGACCAUCUUCAACCAGAGCUGUCUCCUCAUCAGUGGCUGCUACUUCUGCUGCCUCUUCCACCACAGAAUCUACCACUUCUAGCAACACUGAAAGUGUAAACAGCUCAACUUCUGGCGUUUCCCCCAGCAUAACCUCCGCUCCCGGUGGUGGAAAUAGCUCAGGCUCCGGCUCCAGCACGACUACUGCUUCUGGCGGAGGAUCUAGCUCUAACACACCCCAAGGCGAAUCUAGUGGCGCAGAAUCUACUACUUCGACCAUUCUCUCAACUCGCACCGCUACCAUCACCGCUUGUCCAUCAACAGUCACUGAUUGCCCAGCAAGCGAUAAGACUACGUAUACCACCACUGAGGUUAUCGUUGUGUCGACGACAGUUUGCCCUGUGACUGCUACGUCAACGUCAGAGCCAACAAGUGAGUCUGGUGGCGCGGGAUCUACCACUUCGACCGUUCUCUCAACCCGCACCGCUACCAUCACCGCUUGUCCGUCGACGGUCACCAAUUGCCCAGCAAGCGAUAAGACUACAUAUACCACCACUGAGGUCAUUGUUGUGUCGACGACAGUCUGCCCUGUGACUGCUACUGCUACUUCUUCUUCUGCAACCACCCGUGGCUCUGGCUCUGGCUCUGGUUUUGGAGGAAACUCAAUCACUGAGACUAUUUACUCUACCCGGGUCUCUACAAUCUACGAGUGCGCAUCGACUGUUACCAACUGCCCCUAUGCUUUGAGAACUGCUCAUGUGGUUACUGAGACCACUUCCGUUGGAAUUACAGUUUAUCCUGCUAGCUCUGCUCCCACAAGUGGCCUCAGCUCUGGUUCUGGUUCCAUCGCCGGCUCCGGCUCUACUGGCUCUGGCUCUACUGGCUCUGGCUCUACUGGCUCUGGCUCUACUGGCUCUGGCUCUACUGGCUCUGGCUCUACUGGCUCUGGCUCUACUGGCUCUGGCUCUACUGGCUCUGGCUCUGGCUCUACUGGCUCCGGCUCCGGCUCUACUGGCCCCGACUUUACUGGCUCCGGCUCUUUCACCAAGGCCAUUGUUACCGGAACUACGAUUCAUGCUACUGGAUCUGUUCCUACUGGUGGAUCCAGCUCCCACCCUGUUUCUAGCUCCGGUCCCCAAUUUGGUUCCGGCUCUGCGCCUGAAAGCAGCACCUUGGUGUCAUCUUCUCAUGCUGGUGCUUCCUUCACAGAAACUGCAAGCCAGUCAGUCUACACAGGCGCCUCGGCCUCUCAUUCUGCUUUCCUUCCCGGAUCGCUUGUAUCCAUCGCCGGUCUUUUGACUGCCUGGCAGCUUCUUCUUUAA